CAAGCAUUCUUUCUUUCUGCCAGCGCCUUGCCCCCAGAGUCCUUGCCAAAGCCUUACCCCAUCCGUAGCGCCCCGGCCAGACCUGCACACGUACUACUACAGCUGAUCCCAUAAUGUCUCUCACCAAACUGUCACACACUUUUGACGUCGUCCAGAAGUAUCAACACGAUGCGGCGUUCAUGAACGUUGUCGCUGAACGUCCUGGGAUCACCUUGAAGAAUAUUCAAGGAACGGGGGGCUUCAGCUCAGCGUCCGAGUGGGGGUUCCAGUAUUGCUCCGCUCUCAAAGCGCAUGCCAUCGUUGCAGACGACGUAUGGGAUGUAGUACCCCUGGAGUUCCGUCCCACCGAGGAGGAACUCGAAUUCGCACGACCCUUCUUUGAAUUGAACAGGUCAGAGAUUCGGGAGCAUGACAGGCAAAAGCAGUAUUCUUUCGCCAUACGGUCGCUAUACCGAGCACUUUCGCUCGUAUUAGCCUUCUCGUCCGCUGAGAGCGUGGCCUCCCAGGAAUCACAGGAGAGCACGAAGCAAGACAAGGAUGAAACCGUAGUCGUGAAUUUUCUCGAUCGCUACUUGGACUUUGUGAUCGAGCCCUUCGAAGACGCCGGAGCGUUGGAUGGAACGCCCAUGAGGGUGGAGCUUAGACCCCAACCUUUUGUUGAGGGUGUCUGGUUACGUGGUGUCAAGGUGCCGUGUAGGACGGAUGGAACUGUGUCCGUCGCCAUCGCAAGCGGGAAAAAAUCCACAAAGACUCGCACGCAGCCUGCCCUCCUUCUUGAGUGUAAGCGUUUUGUACACAAAAAGACGGAUGCGAACAUUGUUGGCCAAUUGGCCGCCGAAUUGAUUUCCAUGGCACAAUCUGGGCGAGAGCAGAAAGUCCAUGCAGAUCCUGAGCGUUUGGAAUCCUCCUUCAUCACCGCCAUGCACAGAUCAUCUCCGCGGCGUUUUCUCCCGGUUACCUCGACAAACUUGACCGUCGAGAAGAAAUGGUUGAGAGCGAUUUUUUGGCAAUCAAAGCUACCAAAGCUUUUCAUAUGGGACUGGGCGAGGAUAGGCUGAAUUUCACAUCUGCCUUGAUUGCGCUGGUAAAGUAUCUGGUGUCGGGCAGAGCUCGUAUUGGGAGGCUGGACGAGCUGCAACCCCUUUCAGGGUAGGUAUCCUUAUUUAGGGGGCCUCAAAAGAAACCCGUCACAGGCCCGUGAGAGAAAGUCCGACAACGAGCUUGAACUUGAGUGAGGCGUCUGAACGAGACACCUGAAGAAGGAUGCUCAAGAUAUCCAUGUUGGAAGCCACGUACGAGCCUCGAGGUCUUAACGCUUCAUUUUUGUACGUAGUUAAAGGU